UUACUCUUAGUCAUUUAAUAUCAACAAAAAUAUAAUGAGUUGUUAUUUUCUGAAACUAUUUUAUGCACUUUUGCUGCUUUUAUUGCAUGCUGCAGGAUCCAUUCUUGGAUUCAACAGCCUUCCCAAUAGCGCAGAAAUUAAGUGCAUUGAGAGUGAGAGACAAGCACUCCUCAACUUCAAACAUGGCCUCAUAGAUAAGUAUGGCAUGCUAUCUACAUGGAGGGACGAUAACACUAACAGAGACUGUUGCAAAUGGAAAGGCAUUCAAUGCAACAAUCAAACUGGUCAUGUUGAGACGCUUCAUCUCCGUGGUCAGGAUACACAAUAUUUGAGUGGUGCAAUCAAUAUCUCUUCAUUGAUUGCCCUUGAAAAUAUUGAACACCUGGAUCUCAGCUAUAAUGCUUUUCAAGAUAUCUCUAUCUCUCUGAUUCCAGAACUCAUGGGCUCGUUCACCAAUUUAAGAUAUCUCUAUCUCUCUGAUUCUUUAUUUGGUGGGAGUAUUCCUUCUGAUAUUGGAAAGCUUACACAUUUACUGUCUCUUGAUCUAAGUGAUAAUGAUCUCCAUGGAAAAAUCCCUUAUCAACUUGGAAACCUUACACAUUUACAAUAUCUUGAUCUAAGUGAUAGUGAUCUAGAUGGGGAACUCCCAUAUCAACUUGGAAAUCUCUCACAGUUGAGGUAUCUUGAUCUUGGUGGGAAUUCAUUUUCGGGAGCACUCCCUUUCCAGGUUAGGAAUCUUCCUUUGUUGCACACUCUUGGACUUGGUGGCAAUUUUGAUGUGAAAUCUAAGGAUGCAGAGUGGUUGACUAAUCUUUCUUCCUUGACAAAACUUAAGCUAAGUUCCCUAUACUACCUUUCCUCUUCUCAUCACUGGCUACAGAUAUUUGAUUGUUCUCUUUCAGAUACAAAUAUUCAAAACUUAAGAGAGUUGAGGCUAUUUGAUUGUUCUCUUUCAGAUACAAAUAUUCAAUCUCUGUUUUAUUCACCUUCCAACUUUUCCACUGCUCUUACCAUCCUUGAUCUUUCUUCAAAUAAGCUCACAUCCUCAACAUUUCAACUGUUGUCAAACUUUAGCCUUAAUCUUCAGGAGCUUUAUCUUGGUGAUAAUAACAUUGUUUUGUCAUCUCCUCUCUGCCCAAACUUUCCUUCUCUUUUGAUCCUUGACCUUUCCCAUAAUAAUAUGACAUCAUCAGUCUUUCAAGGUAGCUUCAACUUCAGCUCAAAACUUCAAAAUCUUGAUUUGCGAAAUUGUAGUCUUACGGAUGGAAGUUUUCUUAUGUCAUCUUCUUUCAUUAUGAGUUCUUCAUCUUCUCUUGUUUUCCUUGAUCUCUCCUCAAAUCUGUUGAUAUCAUCAACUAUAUUUUACUGGCUCUUUAACUCCACCACCAAUCUUCAUAACCUUUUCCUUGAUAAUAACAUGUUGGAAGGUCCCAUUCCAGAUGGAUUUGGGAAAGUAAUGAACUCUCUUGAAGUUCUUUACCUCUUUGAUGACAAACUGCAAGGCGAGAUUCCAUCUUUCUUUGGUAACAUGUGUGCAUUUGCAGGGUGACGUCACUGAAUCCCAUCUUUCUAACUUGCAAUAUAUGGGAUAUUUAAAUAUGUCUUUCAAUUACCUCAUUGGUGUAAUUCCUGAUAUAUCAGUGAAGCUUCCUAUGAGACCGUCUAUAAUUCUGAAUUCAAAUCAGUUUGAGGGUAAAAUUCCGUCAUUUUUACUACAAGCUUCCGUGCUGAUUCUCUCUGAAAAUAAUUUUUCAGAUAUGUUUUCAUUCUUAUGUGACCAAAGCACAGCUGCAUAUUUGGCCACUUUAGAUGUAUCACACAAUCAAAUAAAGGGGCAACUCCCAGAUUGUUGGAAAUCAGUAAAGCAAUUAGUGAUUCUUGAUUUAAGCAGCAACAAAUUGUCAGGGAAGAUUCCUAUGUCCAUGGGCGCCCUUGUUAAUAUGGAAGCCUUGGUUUUACGAAACAAUGGUUUAAUGGGUGAGUUGCCUUCUUCUUUGAAGAAUUGCAGCAGUUUAAUUAUGCUGGACCUGAGUGAAAAUAUGUUGUCGGGUCCAAUACCAUCAUGGAUUGGAGAAAGUAUGCAUCAAUUGAUAAUCUUGAACAUGCGAGGAAAUCACCUCUCAGGAAAUCUACCCAUUCAUCUCUGUUAUUUGAAGCGUAUUCAAUUGUUGGAUCUUUCAAGGAAUAACUUGUCAAGUGGAAUUCCAUCAUGCUUAAAGAAUUUGACUGCAAUGUCUGAACAGACCAUCAACUCAAGUGACACUAAGUCUGAUAUAUAUUGGAAUGAUAAGACUUCCUUUGCAAGGCGAGAUGCUGACCCUCUAAAGUUGUUCAGGCCAGCCAUAUUUGAAGUCUCAAAGCUUAGGUUUUGUUCUUAGGAGUGGACGAAAAUAAACACCUAGGAAAUCUCCCAAGGACUUAUACUCUAACCCAUACGGAUAUAACCGCUAAGCUCACCUUGGCAAUCUCUCAAACCAUAAAUAAUUCUCAGGUAUUUUUUUUAUCUUUGAUCUUACAAUUUUGUUUUCAUAUUCUUUUGGAAUCGUUGUUAAGCAAAAAUUUAGUGAAGAGGAUGCAGAUGUUGUCGCAAAACAAAAGAAGCCAGUGUAUCUUACAUUCUUGCUGUGUAAGAGAACACUUUUUGGUCCAAAAGGGUAGCAUAUCACGACAGAUGGUAACAUGUGAAUCAUACUGCCGACCAAUUAGAUGGGUCCUUGGUUGAAUUCAUUGAAUUUAUUCUGUAAAAAUAGUCGUUUGAGAAAGUGAUUAUUUUGCAUAAUUAAUUUGAUACGCAACACCCACAGAAAUAGGAACGGAUUGUUCAACACUCCAACCUGAUAGAAAAUGAAUCCUUUUAAGUCCAAAAUAUGUGUUUUACUUAUAAUUUGGAAACUGCCAACCUAAAAUUGGUCAUUGUAAAUUGUUCUU